AUGAGAUUCAAUAGCAUCGCAUCGACUGGUCUACUGGUGAGCUUGUCGAGCAACCCUUCGGCUUCUAUAGCAAACUCUCUGAUACUACAUGAACCCAGACUCGAGAAUAUCCUUUGGAACUUCAACAAGAUUGCAGUCGACAAUGGUGGCAACCGAGCAUUCGGCCUACCCGGUUACAACGCCUCGCUGGACUUUAUUCUAGAGCGCGUGGUGGGCCGAUUCGGCGAUAAGUUUGACACCUUUGUCCAGCCAUUCACACAUCUCUUCGCUACCACGCACAACAUCUCUCUGACGGGCCCAGACGGCAAGGAAGUCAAGGCAGUCACUCUGCAGUACAACAACCCUACACCUCUGCCUGACGGCGUGACGGCAGCCCUGGUCAACGUGCCCAUCGACGACGAGCGGGGGUCGGGCUGUUUCGAGGACCAGUGGGCGGGACUGAAUGUGGAAAAGAAGAUUGCCCUCGUCAAGCGCGGCUCGUGUGCAAUCGCCGACAAGCUGCGCAUCGCCAAGGGAAAGGGCGCGGUUGGCGCAGUCCUCAUCAACAACGUAGCCGGACCGAACAUUUCGUCCGCCACGCUCAGCGGCGAGAACUACGGAGAUCUAGCCCCCGUGGCCGUCGUCACGCUUGAGCAGGGAACAGGCUGGUGGGAUCAAGUGCAAGCGAACCAGACGGUUGAGGUCAAGCUCGUGGUGGACGCGACUGCGGAGGAUCGCGAGACCUGGCAAGUCAUUUCCGAGACAAAGGAGGGCGACGCGAACAAUGUCAUCAUGGUGGGAGCCCAUCUGGACAGCGUCCAGGCGGGUCCAGGCGUCAACGAUGAUGGAAGUGGCAGCGCCGCCCUGCUAGAGAUCGCCGCGUCGGUGUCCAAGUACACUGGCUAUCACAACAAGCUGCGCUUCGCAUGGUGGGGUGCCGAGGAGAGUGGCCUGGUCGGCUCCCUCUACUAUGUCUCACAGCUGUCUGAGGCAGAGCUCGAUGCGAUCCGCUUCUACUUCAACUACGACAUGAUUGGCUCGCCCGAGCCCUUCUUCCACAUCUACGCCGACACAGACGCGCAUAAGACGGGAGGUCAGAUCCUCUUUGACUAUCUCGAGGAGCAGGGUCGUGACGUGCAAUAUGGAUCAUUUGGAUCUUCGUCGGAUUAUCUCGGCUUCAUAGAGGCCGGUAUUCCCUCGUCGGGCAUCUUCACUGGAGCCGGUGCACCGCAGGACCCUUGUUACCACACGGCAUGCGACGAUAUUGACAAUGUUGACUGGGCCGCGCUGACGGUCAAUACAAAAGCAGCUGGCCGUGCACUGGCAUCUCUUGCCCUCGACGCGUCGCGUGUGCCACCUCGCGACAAGACGAGUGUGAACCCUGCUAGUAGACGUGGCGUAGCGAGGAGUCUCACCAAGUGGAAACGCGUGGCUCUGGGUCUUGACAAGAGACACUCUUGUGCCAGAGACCGGAAGUCGACGAUCUAG